GCUCAGCUGGCGCUGGCUGCAUAUUCUCGGUUUUUGGUUUAUAAAAUUCUAAAACUGUUUUCCUCAUUAAAACUUGGUCAAAAACACUGUGUUGUGCGUGGGGAGAGAGGGAAAUUUAAUAAAUUGACAAUAAAGUGCGGUUUAGCAUGUGCGCCAGCCUCGUUGUCGGCCGCCGCCUUUGAAACAAAGAUGCCUGCUGGCCGCUGGCAUUGCGAAAUACAACUACAACUACAACGUAGAGACAUAACAAACCCGAAAAUCCGCAGAAGCAAAGAAUAAUCAAUUAAAAACUCACUCUCCGGCAGUGUUUCAGGCGUACGGCAGUGGUGGCCAACGCGCAGAGGCUCCUCUAACCUGUUGGCGAGGCCAGAAGGAAAAGUUGCGUGAACAGCUGCAGGUCCGUUGCGUGGGACGCGCCGUGUUGCGGCACGCCAGCUGCGCUGCUUUUGGCAAGAGACAAUGGAAAUGCGAGAGGUAUUGAGUCGGGAGGGGCGAGAGGCGAAGAAUCUGCUCGUCUACCAGUUUUGCGACGAGACAUCCACUAAUUCGUUGGCCAGCGGAGGCGGAGGCGGAACGGGUGCUGGCGGCGACACCACAACAAGCGGAGGCGUCAUUAUGAACGGUGACUGCUACCGCAAGCCACCGAUGGCCCCGCCCAAAUCCCCCCUGGGCACGCCCAAGAGUUGUCAGUCGCCCACAUCGCCCUCGGUGCGUAUCAAGUCCGCGGAGCACAAUGUCUCGGGUCCACGCGUGCGCAGCGCCUCCACGGGGCGUGACAAAAAGUCCGAGCUGCAGGCACGCUACUGGGCAUUGCUUUUCGGCAACCUGCAGCGAGCUGUGAACGAGAUCUACCAGACUGUCGAGUGCUACGAGAAUAUAUCCAGCUGCCAAGAGACAAUCCUAGUGCUGGAGAACUAUGUGCGGGAUUUCAAGGCACUCAGCGAGUGGUUCAAGGUGUCGUGGGACUAUGAGUCGCGUCCGCUGCAGCAGCGGCCCCACAGCCUGGCCUGGGAGGUGCGCAAGAGCAAUCCCACGCCGCGAGUGCGCACCAAGAGCCUCUGCAGUCCCAAUAACUCGGGAAAGUCGAGUCCCGCUCUGUUUGGCGGCUGCCAGUCGGGCAAGACGUCGCCCUGCUACGAUGGCCAGGUGUCGCCCAAGAAGCUGCUGCGUGCCUACGAUCAAAUGCCGCGAGGUGCCAUGCGUCUGAAUGUUCGCGAGUUGUUUGCCAGCAACAAGCGUGCGACACAAGGGUCGGCGCAGUCCGAUCCCAUGGAGACGCCAGCGGAGGGACCUCUAGAUUUGAGUGGCGACAAAGGAUAUUUGCAGCUAAACACUCAAUACUCACAGACGGACUUGGAGGAUCCGCAUCUCACGCUGGCCGAUGUGCGCGAAAAGAUGCGGCAGGAGGCAGAGCAGCGUGAGGCAGCGGAACGUGAAGCGGCGGCAGCCAAAGCAGAGGCAGAAGCAGCUGAAUUAGAAGAAGUGAACGCUGCUGAGAACGAAGAAACAGCCGCCGCUGAAGUUGAAGAAGCAGCCACUAAAGACCAAGCCAUUCCAGCAGCAACUGUAGAGACAGAAACGAAAUCAGAACCAGAAACAGUGACAGUCGAGCCAACAACGGAGAGCACUGCGGAGGAGGCUCUGCCACAGCCGCCGCCCAAAGUGCAGGCGGAACCCACAGCUCUGCAGAUGACUGUCGCCUCGCUGGAGCUCAUGGAGAAUGCACUCCUCGCCGAGCAGGCCAACAAAGAGCCCACACCGCCCAGCACAGUGGUGAAGCCAGUGGCGGAUUUGUUCAAGAAACCACAGCCGACGGGGGCAGCCGUUAGCGGUGUCCAGAACAGUCCCCUGAAGUACUCCAGUGUGCUGAAUCGUCCGGUGAAGAAGGGCAUGAGUGCGCCGGCAGCUGCCAAGACUGCUGCGGCGCCUGUGAAACACACAAAAGCAGCUCCUUCGGCUGCUCCCACUGUCGCUCCCGCUGCCGGUUUAAAUGGCAUUCGUCGGGGAGUUAAAGCAGCUCCGAUUGCUGCCAAAACUGCUCGCUCCACAGUGCAGCCACCUCCGCGACCUUCGAGCAAAACUGAAUGCUAUGGUCCGCCCAACAAUGUGGCCUCUCGACUGUCGGCACGUUCCCGCACUAUGCUGGAAAUGAAUGGCAAGGCCAACGGCAGCCAGCAGGUGGGUGCGCCGCUCUCCAAGGCGCUGCCCAAGCGUUCGAGCACCACACUGAUACCGCCACAGCGACGAAAUGCGGGCAGCUCGAAGGUGAGCAGCCGCGAGGACAUAGGCAGCUCCACGUCCACCCUGAAGGCCAGCAAUGAGCAGCUCAGCAGCUCGCGGAGCACACUGAAGCUGGAGGAUAGACAUUCCGAGCCCAAGCAGCUGCAGCAGAAAGCAGACGCCAACGAUGGCUGGCUGACGGUGAAGAAUCGCCGAAGGAGCAGCAUGCACUGGGCGAAUCGAUUCAAUCAGCCCACGGGCUAUGCGAGUCUGCCCACGCUGGCGCUGCUCAACGAGCAGCAACGCGAGAAGGAGGACAAGGAGAAGCAGCAGCAACAGCAGCAACAAAGGGCAAAAGCAAGCAAAACCAUUCCGCAAACAGCAAAGACAACAACAGCCAGCACAGAGGCAGCCAAAGGCAAGGCAGCAGCAACGGCCAAAACGGGGAUGGCAGCAGCACGACCAGAGAUCAAGAAUGCCAAAGCGAAAGUCAACUCUUUUCCGCCACUGAAAGCGAACACAAGGAAACAGCAGGAGAAACAGCAAGAGAAACCCGCCGCCUCUGCGUGUGGUGCACGCAGCAGUCUGCCGGCCACAGCCAACGUCUAUGCGGCCACACGAGCUUCCACGAUCAAAAGACAGAAAUCAGAUCUGACGGGUCUGAAGAUGACAUCGCUGCACAAGGAGUACAUGCGCAGCGAGAAGAAUGCGCUGAGAAAGCAGCAGCAAAAGGAGUACGAUCAGGAUAAUGGAUCCACCACAUCGAUCGAGACUGUCGUGGAAUUCUCCACCGAUGAACAUCAGAAAAUUGACAUUAAAAUUCAAACAAAUUGCGAAUUCUCCAAGACCAUUGGCGAGCUGUACGUGAGCGUGCGUGAGCAGUCCAAAGUGGAGGCUGCCAACACGCUGAGUGCCUGCGAUGAGAACGAUGAGCAGAACACCGACGACAACGAGGAGGAGCGCGAUGAGCGCAUACUCGUGGAGGAGCAGGAGUCGCUGGAGCGGCAGAUCCGUGAACUGGAGCAAACGGAGAUCGAUGUGGACACGGAAACGGAUGAGACGGACUGCGAGGUGCAGCUGGAUCUGGAGCAGGAGGAUCUCUUGGGCGGCGACGAUGCCGCUGUCUUUGUAACCAUGAGCGACGAUGAGAAUGCCAGUCUGGAGCUGCGCUAUCAGGCGUUGCUGUCCGACAUGUCGUGGAAUGAGCGGGAGGAGGCUUUGGCCACGCUGCAGGCCUAUGUGGCGCGUCAUCCAGGCCGUGCACAAGAGCUACAUCAGAAGCUAUCGUCGCCCUCGCGUCGUCGCUCGUUGCAGGAGACGCUCAAAAAGUAUCAGGCCAAGCAGGCACGCGCACACCAAAAGCGGGUUGUGCUGCAGCAGGAGAAGGCGGCCAAGCUGCAGCAGCUGUUCGAUCGUGUGGAGGAUGUUAAGGCGGCCAAGAAGCAGCUGAUCGAGGACAAGCGGCUGAAGAUGCAGGGCCGCCUGCAGCGCGCAGCCGAGAAUCGGGAGAACUAUCUGAAGCAAAUCAUUGUCAAGGCACACGACGAGGACAAGAAGCUGAAGGAGAUCAACUUUAUCAAGAACAUGGAGGCCCAAAACAAGCGCCUGGACAUGCUCGAGUCCUCCAAGGAGAUCGAGGGCAGACUCCAAGAGCUCGAACAGGAACGCCAGAAGCGUGUGGAGGAGAAGCUCGCGAAAGAGGCGGCCGUCGAGCGACGUCGCCAGGCGCUGGAAAAGGAGCGACUGCUGAAGCUCGAGAAGAUGAACGAAACGCGACUGGAGAAGGAGCAGCGCAUUGGCAAAAUGCAGGAGCAAAAGGAGCGACAGCGACAGGCGCUGGCCCGCGAAAAGGCACGCGAUCGGGAGGAGCGUCUGCUGGCGCUUCAGGUGCAGCAGCAGCAGACCACCGAGGAGUUGCAGCGGAAGAUACAACAGAAACAGGUGGAGUCGGCACGCCGGCACGAGGAGAACAUCGAACACAUACGCCAGCGUGCCCUCGAGCUGACCAUGCCCACGCGGCAGCCAGAGGAUGGGCGUGGCGACCAGGAGGACACGGAUGAGACGCUCAACAAUACCAGCAAUACGGAGGAUGGGGAUAUGUCCUCAACGCGCUCGGAUGUGGGCGGAACGGGCGGACAUUCACGCAGCUACAAGAAGAAAAUGAAAAAGUUGAAGCAAAGAAUGAGUCAGAGUGCCGCUGAAUAUUUGGAGGGCGUGGAACCCACACCCGCCUAUGUGAAGCGCGACAGCACAGUGCCAAAGCUGCUGAAUAUGAUCAUCAAGGGCGGUGGACCUCAGGGCAUGGAGCGAACCUUGGGCAACCUGCUGCGGGUGCUGCCCAAGGCACAGACAUGCGAUUUCCUCGCCUUCCUCUGCAUGGAUGCCCUGGGCAUAUUGACCAAUCAUGUGAUUACCGAAGGCCUCAAACAGCAAACAGAAGUCUCCAUCAAAUCCGUUUAUUUGGCGGUGCAGCUGUACAGGAAUGCCUGCUCCUUGUGUCCCCAGAUAGCACGUCACGCUCUGCUGGGCAACUCCAUAGCCGCUCUCCUCGAUGCCAUCUACAAGAGCCUGCAGUUUCCCGAAGAAAAAUCACCACAACAUCCGGUCGAGUUAUCCACCGAGCUAAUGAUGGCCUGCACGGAGGCGCUCUCCUCGAACUACAUGAAGAAGGACACCCACCCCAAAGUGCCGGAACGCCUACCGGACCUCAUCAACUACGCAGUCAUCACAGGCCUCAUCGAUAUCCUGUCGCGUCGCAAUCAAAAGGUGCGUGAGUCCAUCGAACAGAAUCACGGCGUAAUGCUCAAUCUGUUGACUUCGAUCGGCUUCAUCAGUCGUUUCAUUGAUUUCUGUCAGCCGGGUCCUGCCGAUCCGACACGUCUGCUGAGUGCGGCCAAGAGCACGGAGCUCUUUGGAACUGUGACCAUGCUCAGCGGCAGCAUCGUGCCAAUUGGUGAUUGCAUUCCACCGCGCACGACCGCCCUGGCGGCAGCUACGUUUAAUCUUUACGUGUCCCUGGCCGCAGUGGAUGUGAACACUUUUCAGGAGGCUCUGUCGGUGGAGGGUCCUUUGUCGUUGAAGCUGCUCGAUGUGAUGAUGAUAAUAUUGGACAAUAGUGUUACAAACACUCCCUGGUCCAAGACCAGCGAGCGGGCAACAAUGCUAAUUGAUUUGAUUGCCUCGUUGGCCUUCUUUGUCGUAAACAAUCGACGGCAUCAGGACUUGCUGAUCUCCGAGCCGUAUGCCCACAUCUUUAAGAAUCUGGCGAAGCUCUCGACGGAUUUUAACCCGGUGAUUUAUCCAUUUUUGGUCACUGCCAUUUUUAAUAAUUCAGCAGCGAGAGAGCUCAUAGGCAAGGAAUUUGAUUUGCAAUUUGUGGAUGAGUACAGCAGAUCGGAUGUGGCGCAGCGCAAUCGCUUGAUCAAGCUUAUACACAGUCGGAACAAGGAGCGAGUCAGUAAUAAUCCUGUGCUGGGCUACAGCAAUCCACAACUGCCGUUCAAAGGAGGUUAAGUCUGUGCCCUCGUCGCUCCCACUCCCACUCCCAAACACACACACACACGCUAUAUCCAUAUAUAGAGACUAUCCUUACUCAUUCUCAAGCAUUGCCCAUGGGAGCAACGUGAUAUUAUUUUCAUAGAAAAUGAAAAACGAAAAACAAA